AAUGCAUAGAAACCGGAAUAUUAAGCUGUCCACAAAAUAUAAAUCACACUUACUGACUUACUAGCUACCCUAUCUCUCCAAAUUUAGAAUGAUCUUUUUUGUUUUCCUCUAAAUCAAAUCCGUUUUAAAGUCAUAAAGUUUGUAGAUUUCGUGAGUGUUAGUGAUCUAACUUGAUUUGCUUCCUUUUGCUUGGAACCAAAUUUCAAUUCAGGGCGUUACCUUUGCAACAUUCAGCAGAACGCCUUCAUGUCUCGGGAGGAUCUUGUCGUUUGUCCUAAGCCUCGACGUGUUGGCUUACUCUCCAACAACAUCAUUCGCCCUCUCAGAUUUCACAUGAGUCAAACCGCUACUGAUUUGUGUGAUUCUAAAGCUGGUGCUGAGCUUCUCGACAUUAUUCGUAGAAAGGAGGAGGAUAAAGGAACAAUAGGGCAGUUACUAUCAUCAUCCCCCCCACCCUAUUUUCCUGGUUCACCUCCAAGCAGAGCGGUGAACCCAUUAGCUCAAGAUGCUCGCUUUCGAGAUGAGAAACUCACUCCAGUCUCACCAAACUCUCCUUUCCUUCAUCCCAAUUCAUCAUCAACCGGUUUUCCAUCUCCAUCUUCAUCUCGUGGAUGCGGCAGAAUGAAGUUUGGACUCGCACCACCUGCAGUUAGAGUAGAAGGGUUCGAUUGCUUGAGCCGUGACCACCAAAACUCCAGCAUCCCUGCCAUGGCUUAGUAGACAAGAACAUAAAACAAGUGUACAUAGAGAUUCCGUGAUCGUUCUUUCACCAAUGCCUAACAGAGGAGUUUGAUCACCACUACCAUUUUGAAGCAAAUGAAUAUGUCAAAUCUUUUAGCGUUUUUUUUUCUCCAUAUUUUCCUGAGAGAUAGAGAGGGAGGAGGAGGAAAAGUCACCGUUACCUAACCUGUUAUUCAGGUUAGUACUUUGUAUAUAAGUAUAUGUAGUACAUAUUGGGUGGUUUUUUCUGAGUCCGGCGGAUCUUUAUUAUCAUUAAUAGGAAGAUUAGAAGAAUGUAUAAAGUUUUGUUGGGCGAUAACUCUUGUUCGGUUGUAAUUUAUAUAGAGAUAAUCGAUUUAGAUUAUCUUCUUACUCAGAGAACAUCAUCAUUUUUUUUAGUGUA